CUGUUUGAAGACGACAAACCCCCGCAAGUACACGAAUCCCAUCAAUCUUCACCAACUCACAACAGACACGCCAUGAUGCUCUUCGCCAUCCGCCCUGGCAGGCAAGCCGACGUCACCCUCUGCGGCGCCAUCGCCCAGGCCGCCUUCGCACCCUCCCCGCUCAUUGAGAACAUUUCCCCAGCCACGGAGGACCUAGCCCUCGCCUUCUGUUCGGGCGUGGCGCAGUCUGCGCUGGACAACCCCAACGCACACCUCGUCGUCGCCGAAGACACCUCCCAGUCUGGAUCAUCACCGCCGGUGCUGGUUGGGUUUGCAAAGUGGGUUUUUGUUCCCGAGCGAGGAGAGCUACCCUCGCUCUUGGCGUCGGCGGCCGAGGCUGGCACGGCCCGCGGUGCUGGGGUGGAAGAUGAUAAUGCUGAGGGGGAGAAGGGACAGAAUCUCUGGGAAACGGUGACUAACGCCGAGCUGGCGAAGGAGUAUUUUGGGCGGCAGCAUGAGAGGCAUGAGAGGUAUAUGGGCAGCCGCCGGCAUUGGUAUCUCGAAUUAAUCGCCACCCAGCGCGAAGUGAAGGGAUUGGGCGCUGGCCGGAGACUGGUGCAGUGCGGGUUGGACAAGGUUGAUGAGGAUGGGUGUGAGGCUUAUCUGGAGGCUUCGCCCGAGGGGAAGGGGCUGUUUGAAAGGUUUGGCUUCCGGGUGGUGAAGAAGUUGGAGUAUGCUGAUGGGGCGUAUGUUGAGUGCUGCAUGAUCAGGGAUGGAAAGAAAGGAAUAUGAGGAACACGUGUAGAGACGGUCUGUUGGAUGGUGGUGGGUGGUGGUAUGAGGGUAUACGACUUACGAGUGCUCUGUGAGGAAGGAAAGCUGCUGUUAGUCCAUCUCUGAGAAUGAAGCGACAAAUCUAG